AUGGAAGUUUCAGCUCCCGUCUUGGUCCAGCACAUAAAUUCUCUUGUUUGGGGAACGGAAGCGCCCCGUGAAGAAAUCUUUGCCAGAUGGUGUCAAGAUGAAGGUACCUGUGCUGGUGGCAAAACUCCCUUUCAAGAAUUUGUCGAUGGAUUGAAGCUUGUAUCAUUGGACUCAACAGACGAGCUUCAGGCGAUUAUUAUGUCAUUGAUUCCACAAAUUAUGUCCAAUUACGGUCUCCUGUGCUUCCUGUAUUCAAUUCUUCUGACUCACGGACUGGAGGAUGUAAAAAAUGGAAUGGUGGGCGAGGCAGACACGCUUAUCGAUCCGACUUUUGGAAGUGCUAGUCAGUGUCUUCUUAAUCUGCUGAUUACCGGUCGGUCCAGUCCACACCUUUUCGAUGGGGAGCGUAUUCUGUCUGGAUUCGGCAAAUUUUGCGGUUCAAUGUUGUCUUACUUCAACUCAAAACAGAAUUUCCUGCAUGCAUACAAACAAGCUAUGCAGGGCGUUACUACGCAGCCAAAAACAGGGUUUCUUACCCUGGUUGAAGCCCUUCGAUACUGUGAGGUUGGCUGGUAUCUGAAGAAUCCCUCUACACCGGUUUGGAUCCUCGGCUCCGAGACCCACUUCACAGUCUUGGCGUCCGAUAACAGAGAUCUGGUGUCGGUGGAAGAACCCUUACCGGCCCCCAGCGACCCGCAGUCAACGUCCCAGCGUCAACCACGCGCAAACCUGCGACAAGCAGAGCGACAGUUUGGCAGUUUGACUGAAAACGAAGACUCUGGCUUCCUGUCGUACGAACAGUUUGAAGUACUGCUUGGUCGCCUUAGUCUGCCAGUAGAUCAGCAAAGUGUCGAAAAGGCCAAGGGCGUCAUAGACUCGGAGGGCCUGGGCAUAAUCCUCCGUGAACCCUUUCUGGCAUACUACUACGCAGAGGAACUUCAACGGGAAAACAACCCUGUAUCCAACUUCCGACUUCUCCACUACAACGGCCUUGCUGCUUCCAAUUCCAACGGCGGGAUCCGUUAUCGUUACGGCGAGGCUAAUCUUCUUGACCCAGUUGAUGACACAAACCCCAGCGGAAGCACGCCCCUCGAUCGGUGUUUAAAGACCAAGUGGCCAACCAUCAGAGUAACGUGGAGCAACGAAACGACUCCUUCGUUGAACUAG